ACAAUGAUAUAUAAUGAAAACAAAGCGAAACGUUAGUCCUGGAAAGGGCUUAGAUGUCGAAAACGUGAAAUUAUGGGGGUUCAAAGUGAUGAAAAUCCAAACCUAGACGAUCAUCUUGGCCCAAAAAAAAUAAAAAUAAUAAAAAAAAAGGACGAUCAUAACCCGGAUACUCCAGCCGAAAAGGCCAGAUCAACUCGACGCGCCGGAAACCACGCUGCAUCUGCCCAGGACCAUCGGCUAGACCGAUAGAGGGGAGAACGGGACCGGACCAGGUGCGAUUGGGAAGCACAUACGCCGGGCUUACGGAGUAGUUAAUCAGCUGGGCCCCAAGAUUACGCGCCGGUAAAAAGCGACGCCUCUCUACGCUCCACUUUUUUUAUUUUUAUUUUAUUUUAGUCCAGAGUUCAAACCUAAUCCGCAUUCUCCGACAACACCGAGCCGCCGGUGAGAGAGAGAGAGAGAGAGAGAGAGUGUGUGUACGCGCGCUUGUCGUCGGAGUUUCAGAGACCAUGGACGUCGAUGCCGAAGCAGCCGCCUCCACCAACCCGCUCACUCCACCACAGACGUCUCUCCGCCGCCGCAACUCGAUCGCCGCCCCGGUUACAAUAUCCGCCAAGGCCAAGCUCUCUGUCUCUCUCCCGUCCUUCGCUUCCACCAACGGCUCUGCCGCCGCCGCCCCGCCGCGCCAGCAUCUCGAGCUCGAUCUCUCUGACGCCCUCCUCAAGGGGUCGACGCCCUCAUCCCUUAGCUACACCUCCCUCAAGGACCUCCUCCCCCAGUUCUCCGCCGCAGCCAUAAACUCCCCCACCGCUGCGUCCUCGGCCUCCGGUCGGUCGGGCUACGAGAUCUCGAUCCGCAACCACCUUGUGAAGCAGGCCGCCUGGGCCUACCUCCAGCCUAUGUCAGCCUCCCCGGGCUCGUCCGUGCCUGGCGUUCUCCAACGCAUCUGGUUCCGCCUCUGCUCUCCAGUCGACGCCUGCCUUGGCUUCGUCAGCUCCCGGCUCAUCCCCUCUAUAGCCCGGGCCAUCUAUCGGAUACUCCGAACCCUUCUCUGUUGCUCCACCCGAUAGCCCGGUAGCAUCAACCUUACGUCAGUCGAAAGUCAUACAGUUUUCUCUACACUCAUGAUAAAUAAAGAUAGGCUAUCUGCGUUCUGUGCAUCGGCUCGAAGUUUUUUGGAGAAAGGGCCGUUUGUUUAGAGUGCUGGCUUUGGUUUCAAGUCUUAUUCUGUUUCGUCCCAGGCCGGGAAAGUGAAGAAAUGUCGCUUUCCAUGGCAAAAUUUGAGAAAGGAUCAAUAAAUGGAUUGACAGAAUACAAGAACGAAUGAAUAAAUGUACUCAAAGGUUACAACUUUACGAGGAUGCAAGGGAAAGAGAUAAAGAGAACAUUGUACUGGUGAGAUUGUACAAAUUUUGUGCCUCAUGUGGUUUGACUGUUAGCAUUCGGUUCGGGUUUAGAGCGCCUAAGCCUAAGGCAAGGGCUGUCAGACUUCUCGUCUGAUUGGGAGUCUCCAGCAACAGCAGCAACCGGUGACCUUAGCUUGCUCUUUGGUGUUGUCUCCUCUUCGACAUAAACAAACUCUGCCUGGCCACUGGUCUGAUGAACUUGCACGUCUUCGAAUUUUGGGCUCUCUGACAUCGCUCGGUUGAUGGAGGUUGAGGGAGACGGUGAACGCUUCUGAUUGCUCGAGUCCUGUCAACAGAGUGAACAAUGAGCAGGGUACGAAUUUAUUCACUUCACAGUAUAAUGUUGAAGUACUGCUAGGAUUGAAUUCAUUGUUUGUCGCUCGUAUUACUAGUCAUACGGCUACUUCCUUCAGUUAUAGAAUAUGAAUACCUGCAAGUCUACCAAAUUUUGACCCCCAAUCUUUAUUUGGGACUGAAGCUUGGGGAGCAGUAUUAUCAAGCAACGCAGAUUGCCGAGUCCUUUUUCGGCAAAACUAUUUCCUCAUAGCGAAAGGUUUCUGUUACCCGGAUUCUCAUUCUCAUUAUAAUAAAAGCCUAACAUUUCCAUCUC